AUGACCUUCGAACUGCUUACAGAAUGUAACAGGAAAUCUGGAUUAUACCACACUAGGCGUGGAUACGAAGAGGCGAAGAAGACAUGGAACCCUCCAAAAUUACUCAAGCGGUAUCGUCGCCAUCUCAGACUUGUCACAGAAAGUUUUGACCUGCUAGAAGCGGCCAUAGUUGCUCAUUGUAUGGCAGGGCACCUCACGGAGCAUUUCACGAAGGGCAUGCCUCAGUAUAGCAGUACUACGGCAUCCUUUUUCACUGCUAUUGACCACAUCAGUCCGAAUGUAGACGAUGAAGAAGAUGAAAGGAACGGUGAUGACAGCACUUUGGCAGCAUUCGCUGCGGGAGAUCAAAGCGAAGAGCAAGUCAUAGAGCAAGUCGAAGGUUUUACUCAAGCCUAUCAAGCGAUACCCGUACCUCAACGUAAGGAACUGGGCAGUGUGGUCCAGAAUUUCUUCGACCGUGUCAAUUCUUCAGUCAUUGUGGGGGGGUCGAACAAUAGGGGAGGAGGCAAUCAAUAUAUGGCCUCCUGCCCUUCUCAACAGCCUACAUGAAUUGUGAUUAUAGCCGUCGGAAGGUCUGACCUAGCUGCUUUAGCAGAGAUCUAAAUAUAUCGACAUACAGCACGGCGUCCAAGCGGUGACGCACUGAAGCUGACCUGGUAGUCCGGUCUAGAUGAGACGGCAGAUAACAUCACACAUAUCAGAAGAUGGGCCGUUUGCUUAGCGUCAAAUUUCUUGGAAUUCUUUCGGACCGUCCUGUAGCUUAUCUUCACACCCACAUUUAGAAAAUGUACCUAUCUGAC